ACAACUCAUCCCUUAUUUACAUACACCUAUACAUACACUCCUAUACAUACUCUGUAUCUGUAUCGCUCCCUCUGGUAUAUAUAUACAGCUCUCUACAUAUCAUGCACCUCCUCACCGGCAACUCAAUGGCGUCGACGACGACGCCGGCAUCUUUCUGUUCCUCAUUCUCCUCCACCUUCGCCGCCCUGUUCUUGACCUCCGUCGCCGCCGUCCUCAUCCACCUCCUCCGCCGUGCGCGUUGCCGGAGGAUGGGGCUUCCGCCGGGAAAUCUUGGGUUGCCGUUGAUCGGAGAGACGAUGCAGCUGAUCGGGGCGUUCAAGUCUGGGAACCCCGAACCGUUCGCCGACGAGAGGGUGAGCCGGUUCGGUCCGAUUUUCUUGACCCACGUGUUCGGUGAGCCGACGGUUUUCUCGGUAGACGCGGAGAUGAACCGGUUCGUGCUGCAGAACGAAGGGAAGCUGUUCGAGCGGUCGUACCCUGCUUCGCUCUGCAAUUUGCUUGGAAAGCACUCUUUGCUUCUGAUGCAAGGUGUAUUGCAUAAGCGUAUGCAUUCUCUAACCAUGAGCUUCGCUAACUCGUCGAUUAUCAAGGACCAUCUCAUGGUCGAUAUCGACCGGUUAGUCCGGUUCAAUAUGGAUUCUUGGUACGGUCGCGUUCUUCUCAUGGAGGAAGCCAAGAAGAUAACGUUCGAGCUGUCGAUGAAGCAGCUGAUGAGCUUCGAUCCAGGGGAGUGGGUCGAGAGCCUAAGGAAACAGUACCUUCUCGUCAUCGAUGGAUUCUUCACUGUCCCUUUCCCUCUCAUCUCCACCACUUACCGGAAAGCCAUCAAAGCGAGGGGGAAGGUGGCGGAGGCGUUGACGGUGGUGGUACGCCGGAGGAGAACGGCGGCGGCAGAGGAGGGGGAGACCAAGAAGGACAUGUUGGGGGCUUUGCUUGCGGCGGAGGACGGAUUUUCCGACGAGGAGAUCGUCGAUUUCUUGGUGGCUUUGCUCGUCGCCGGCUAUGAAACCACGUCGAUGAUCAUGACCCUCGCCGUCAAGUUCCUCACCGAGACCCCGCUCGCCCUUGCUCAGCUCAAGGAGGAACAUGAGGAGAUUCGGGCGAAGAAGAUGGACUCAGUGAGUCUGGAAUGGAGCGAUUACAAGUCCAUGCCAUUCACUCAAUGUGUGGUUAACGAGACACUACGAGUGGCUAACAUUAUAGGCGGCAUCUUCAGACGGGCAACGACCGACGUCAAGAUAAAAGGUUAUACGAUUCCCAAGGGCUGUAAGAUAUUUUUGUCGCUCAGAGGCGUUCACUUAGAUCCGAACAACUUCAAAGACGCUCGUACUUUCAACCCGUGGCGAUGGCAGAGCAGCUCGGUGACCACGAGCCCUCACGUGUUCACACCCUUUGGCGGAGGGCCACGGCUGUGCCCUGGUUACGAGCUCGCUAGGGUUGGACUCUCGGUUUUCCUUUACCACAUGAUGACCAAGUUCAGUUGGGUUCCGGCAGAGGAAGAUAAGCUCGUGUUUUUCCCGACGACGAGGACGCAGAAGCGGUUUCCGAUCAUCGUGAGUCGCAUAGAUCGCUCGAAAGGCGACGUGAAUUCGAAGAAAUGAUAGGACGGGGUUUUCGGACGUUCUUCGUUUUUUUUCCUUCUCUCGUUUCUUCCUAGAGAUGGAUGUAAGAGGUGAAACAAUAAAAAAAAAUGUUUACUAUGUUGAAGCCUAAGUCUGUAAAUAAAACUUUUGUUCCUUAA